AUGCCCUCGAUUUGCGCCUGCGGCCAGGACUCUUCAAUUGCUGCUGCUCCACCAAAGCGGCCAACCUUGACUGCCUCGGAUGAGCAGGGAGAGCAGUUUUGGCGCUUGCUUUUAGAUGACUUUUCUUCGGGCAAAAGCUCAGCCAUCAAAGAAGCUGGUCACAUUCGACAAAAGGUACAACAACUUGCAGAUGCAGCAAUCUCUUUGUGCACUAGCUUGGGUGCCUACGUUCCACAACAGCACAUGAUUAGCAAACUGGCUAGAAUAGGGACGUCUGGGAAGAACCCUUCGAACGCUGAAAGGGACUUGCAUGGUGUGCUCGACAAACUUUGUCACUUGAAACCUGAAGUGGAGCGAAUCCGAGUUCGAAUGUGGGAUCACAAAAAUGCAUGCAUCAAUACCACCGAGCUGCCGAUUGUGAUGCCAGACAAGAUGGCCAUGGCAUUGUGGGAGCUUGGGCCACGAGUGUUUGAAUUUAUCUUCUUUGGAACCAUGACACGUGGCCAAGUGAAAGAAUAUUGGGACCAUGUGGCUAACAGUGGUGCUGAGUGGUUCAGGGAGCAUCCAAUGUUUACCUUUCCGCGUCGUGACUGCUUGAUCCCAUUGUCGACGUAUGGUGACGAGGUGGCCCUGGCAGCCCUCCUUGUGGCGGCUCUGAGAAGCUUGAGCUUCGUGCCAGGCGCCCAGUCGAACCUGGCCCGUCCCAGUCUCCGUGGAGGUGCUCCGAUGGGAAGUGCAUCGAAGCUGGAGGGCGCGGAGCUGGGCGCCGGUGGAUGGGGCCUGGCCACCAGUGGCAUGUUGGCCCUGGGUGCUGCCUCCGUGGCACUCCUGCGACGACAUGGGAGCCCAAGUUCCGUGGCCCUGCGCGCCACGAGGGUGGAGUGGUUCCGCAAGGUGAAGCGCAUCAGUGGAGACCGAGCCAUCUUCGACGUCACAGUGAAGAAGCCCAUGGGAUUGGUCUUGGAAUAUUUGCCCGACAAGAAAGGUGGCUUCCGUGGCGUGGGCAUCAGCGAGGUGGUCCAAGAUGGCAAUGCUUAUGAGCUCAACAAGAAGGUGUGCGUCACGGAGGAGGAGGAUGGCAUGUGGAUCUUGGAGGGCGAUCGGGUCAUCGGCGUCAACGGCACCGAGACGGUGGACUCCUCCAUCGACGACAUCGCCAGGAGCGACGAGCCGGGCCGUCGGCGAGAACGCACCGCGGAGCCGGGUGGAGGGACGUGA